AUGUUCAUGAAGAUGAAGCCGCCAACUUUCUUAGGUGGUAUUGAACCCUUAAAGAUAGAGACAUGGUUACUUGAAAUGGAGAAACUAUUUGAAGUGUUUCCUUGCUCCGAGAUGCAAAAGGUUCUAUUGGUCACCUAUAACCUAAAAGAUGAAGCCCGAAGAUGGUGGUUGCUAAUUCUAAAUAGUAACGGGAACAUAACAUGGGCUCAAUUCAAUGAGAUUUUCUACGAUAAGCACUUUCCUCAGUGCUUUCAAGAUCAAAAGGUUUCUGAAUUCCAAGAACUUAAGCAAGGUAAGAUAUCCGUAACCGAGUAUGAGGCUAAGUUUACUAAGUUGGCCAGAUUUGCUCCUCAUAUGGUCAACACAGACUAUAAGAAGGCUCAGAAAUUCGAGGGGGGAUUAGAUUUGGAGGUGUUUGAUCGAGUAGGAAUUUUGAAGUUGUCUACAUAUGUGGAAGUACUUGAUAGAGCAUUGAUGGCAGAGGCCAUUCUGACAACAAAGAAACAAGCUACAACUUUAACAACUAAAUGGAGAGAUUGUGCAAGGAAGCAUAGAGGAGUGUGUUACUGUGCAUCUGGUGCUUGUUCUUGGUGUGGCAAACUCGACCAUAUAAUGAAGGAUUGUCCACUGUGGUCCAAAAAUGCCAACCGCCUUGCAACAAGUUCAGCCGGAUCUGCCUCCAUAACAAGAUCAAAUGCAAGAACUAAUGCUAGAGGUAAUACUGGAAAUGAAACAUUAAGGCAAGGGAGAGUAUUCACAUUGGUGCCAGGGGAUGUACAGAAUACUGAGUCUAUGGUGUCAGAAAUUAACUAG